AUGGACCCUAUUGAAUUACCCCUCCCAGCAAACACAAUCAGAAAAAACAUCGAGAAGUUGAUACCAGACGUCACGGAUGUUGAUAGGGAUGAGCACGGGAACAAGAAAUAUGGCGGUCACGCCCUUUCAGAGUUAAUUACUCAGAUGAAAGUUGCGCUGGAAAUUAAUGAGAAUUGGGAGGGGCGCUUGCGAUAUUGGUCGAUAAUCACGAGACUUGUUAAUCCUCAGAAGAAAGCAUACCUUAUACCGUUACUACGCGAGAUUCAGCUGAAUCCUGGAGAGCCAACGGAAAGCGUCUUGAGGAGUGGGUGGUUCAUAGAAGUUAAUGAUGAGCCGCGCCUAGGUGCAGGGGCGACUGCUUUAUUCAUUGUACCCUGCUGA